CGCACACACGCGCACGCGGUCCAGUUAGUGAAGCUCCAAUGAGCGGACAGGAACGCGCACAAGGGCUUAGGUUUCAUUAAAGUGUAGAGUUAUUAGUUAGUUAGUUUAGUUUAGUUAGAAACCCGACAGAAACGUGGCGGUGAGAACUGAACGUCUGUCCGCGGUGACUUCUGCGUGUUCAGGCAACACAGAGAGAAAAUAAAGCAAGGGAGAGGAACAGCUCUACUCCCCCUCCCCAAAAACAAGUUCUCAUAAGGAGAAGCAGUGAGGAGCUCGGGCUGUUCAGGAACUUGAAGAAAAGUCUCAUGGGUGAAACUCCUCAUGAAGCUGAUUGAGAAGAUAAUAAGAGUGUGCAGCGCUUCAUGAGGAAUACUGUUAAGAAGAUGGAGAAGCCUCCAUUGCCUAUCGAUGAUGUUCCUGGGAUGGGUGACGGGCAAUCAGUGAUGACGCUGGUGUCAGGGGGAGGGGCAGAGCCUGACGGAGGGGUAGGGCAGGGGGAGGAGGAGCGUCCCGCAUGGGACAGUAAGCUACAGUACGUCCUUGCCCAGGUGGGCUUCAGUGUCGGGCUCGGCAACGUAUGGCGCUUCCCGUAUCUCUGUCACCAAAACGGAGGAGGGGCGUUCCUGUUGUUGUAUGUGAUGCUGCUGCUGCUGAUUGGAGUUCCUCUGUUUUUCAUGGAGCUGGCUGCGGGUCAGAAUAUUCGUCAGGGCAGCAUCGGUGUCUGGAAGCACAUCUCGCCACGCCUCGCUGGUAUCGGCUUUUCCAGCUGUGUGGUUUGUUUCUAUAUGGCUCUGUACUACAAUGUGAUUAUAGCCUGGGCUCUGUUUUACUUGGGAAGUUCCUUCCAGUACCCAUUACCAUGGCAACAGUGUCCUAUAGAACCCGGCAGUAACCAGACAGUGAAGGAGUGUGCUGCCAGCUCUCCUACCUCAUAUUUCUGGUUCCGUAAGGCACUUGAUAUCUCUGACUCAAUUGAUCAAUCUGGAGAGUUUAAUCCUGUCAUAACCGGUUGCCUGCUUGCAGCCUGGGCUAUAGUCUGUCUCGCCAUGAUCAAGGGCAUCAAGUCCUCAGCCAAGGUGAUGUACUUCUCCUCGAUUUUCCCAUAUGCUGUGCUCUUCUGUUUUCUCAUCAGAGGUCUGAUGCUGGAUGGAGCCAUCGAAGGACUCGCCUAUAUGUUCUUCCCUAAAUUAGAGAUCUGGGGUGAGGUGCAGGUUUGGCGGCAGGCUGCCACUCAAGUUUUCUUUGCUCUCGGUCUGGGCUACGGAUCUGUGAUUGCUUACUCCUCCUACAACCCAAUCAACAACAACUGCCACCGGGACGCCCUCAUGGUUUCCGCCAUCAACUUCAUGACCUCAGUCCUGGCCUCGCUCGUCAUCUUCACGGUCCUCGGCUUCCGAGCCAAGAACAUUGCCCUGGCGUGUGUUGCAGAGAAUGUGAGUAAAAUGUCAGAGAUGGCAGCUUCAGGAACAGCUCCGCACUGGUGGCCAUGGUUCAAUAUGUCCAACCCCAGAUCCGUGGAACUAAAGGAUUACCAGGAGUGGUACACCCUUUAUGGGAGCUCGCUAGGCUCAAACAUCACCAAUUGUGACGUGGAGAGAGAAAUGAACAAGGGAGUGGAAGGGACUGGUUUGGCAUUUAUAGCAUUCACUGAGGCCAUGGCGCUGUUCCCAGGCAGUCCGUUCUGGUCCGCGUUGUUCUUCCUCAUGCUCCUGAAUCUGGGUCUGUCCACCAUGUUCGGUACCAUGCAGGGCAUCCUCACGCCACUCAUGGACAACUUUAAACUGUUGGGCCGCCACAAAACACUGCUCACUGUGAUAAGCUGUAUCCUGGGCUUCCUGAUUGGUCUGCUCUUCACUCAGCGUAGCGGGAACUACUUUGUGACCAUGUUCGAUGAUUAUUCUGCCACUUUGCCGCUGAUGGUCGUCGUCAUCUUUGAGACGAUCAGUGUAGCGUGGAUCUACGGUGCCGAUCGGUUUCUGGACGAUGUGGAGGUGAUGUUGAAAUGGCGCCCUCCAGCGAUCUAUAAGUACAUGUGGAAGUAUGUGUGUCUGCUGGCUAUGAUGGGUCUGCUGACUGCCAGUGUGCUGCGCAUGUUCUUCAAGUGGCCCACUUACACAGCGUGGGACCACACCACGGGGUCUGAGAGCAGCUUGGGAUACCCGGGUUGGGCCUUGGUGAUGCUUGCGUUGCUUAUCAUCACCGCCUUUCUUCCAGUGCCUGUUGGCUAUGUGCAUUCCCUCCUCACCCAUAAGCAUGGCCAAUCACAGGCAGAGGGAGAGGCUGAGCAUCACAGAGAACGAUACUCCAAGUGUAGUACCACCGAGCCAGAACUCAACAACCAUCACGCUCCUCCGGAUGAGGACGGCAGCCGACCCCGAAGCACCUUCCUGCCCGUGGCUGCAGAUAACUACAGGCUUCUCUCACAACAGGAAGACGGGGAAGAGGAGGAGGAUGACACAGAACUGUAAUAAAGGUGGACAAGAAAAACAGUGUACUGGAGAAGCGGUUAGACAUGAAAUGGCUGAACGGGAUGCUGGAGUGUCUAACACACAGUUGCCAAGGCGACUGUGCUUACAGUGUCAUUUUAAAGAUUAGGUAUAGAGAGUUAGUAAAUGCUAAACUGGACUGAAGUAGAACAAAAUCUCAAAUUUUGAGAAGAAUCAACACAAUCCCGUUAUCAUGGGUUAGAAACCAAACAGGGGUUGGAUGUACUGAUGACAUCCUUGAUACUGAAGCGUUGAGGCGUGUGUCAAAAAUUCAAUAAGUUCAACACUGUAUCAGUGCUUUUUUUUUUUUUUUUUUUUCUUUUUUCCUUAGCUAUAAACACAUCACCAGUGAUUUCACGAUGCUUUGUUUUGGCACAAGCACGGGACUGCUUUGGAAACUGAUUCAAAAGAAAAGCAAACCUUGCAAAACAAAAAAAAUGUAUUGAUAAUCUCACGGGUAAAAUCAACAAGCACUAUUAAUCUCUCGCAUUUUACAGUUCAGUUAAUCCCACAUGAGGUUUGUCUAUGAACUAAUAGGUGAGGAACUUCUCUGUAAAUGGCUUCAAUGUAAAUUAACAAGUAUGUUAGUGUUGCUCAACAGGUUCAUUGUAUAUAGAUGUAAUCUAUCAUAGAUGUAUGCUAUAUCUUUAUACAGGAUUAUCAUUAUAAUAGUUUUAUUAUUUAAAAAGAUAAUAAUAUUAUAGUACUUUUGUCAAGUCCCCAGGCUCCUUGUGUAGGAUAAUGGUGCAGAAAAUGGAUGAAAGGAUGGUGUAUAUGGGCGCAUAUGUAGUUUGUGUUGUACACAAUUUACAUUAUCCAGGGUUCCUCUGCAGGUCUUAAAAUAUCUGAAACACUAUGGCAUUUAAAGCUGGAGCUGGACGAAUGUAGGCAUGUGCGUAUAUUGUUGUCGCAUGCAGUGGAUAGUGAAUUGACUUCUGUUCUUGGUAUUGGAGCCAUUCGAAGAUUGUGGGUUCGAGUCCCACCAGUGUCGUUUGCUUUCUGGGGAGUGGUGGCUCAAUGGUUAAGACACUGAACAUUGAAAGGUCAUGAGUUCCAAUCCCAGCACCACCAACCUGCCAAUGCUGGGCCCUUGAGCAAGGCCCUUAACCCUUAACUGCUCAGCUGUAUAAAUGAGAUAAAUGUAAGUCGCGCUGGAUAAGGGCGUCUGUCAAAUGUAAUAUAAAAUGCCUGUAGAUCCUAAACACUAGGGUUCAAAAUCCAUUGUGUUUAGACUUUUUUUUUCCUGCACCAAUACAGCCUCCCUAAAGCAUAUUGAAUGUUAUUAUUAUUAUUAUUAUUAUUAUUAUUAUUAUUAUUAUUAUAUCCUUUAUGAUAGUUUGUUUUUUUUUUUUUUUAAGAAAUAUCAAGAAACCGAGUAAAAGGGUGCUGGGACCCUUACUUUUUAAUUUUUUUUUAAAUAAAGAAGCAAGUGUCAAGACUCCUUUGUCUCAGAUGUGAGCGAAGCAUCAGUGUAAGCUAUGCUGUGGGCACCUUCCCACCAUAUUUUUUGAAAGUAUAAAAAAAAUUAUACAUUUUUUUAUGAGCUUCUGGCAGAAUCUGAUCCAAAUGUUUUUUUUAAAUAACAGCUGUGUCAUGGUGGUGUUAUGCGAGUACUGAAAAACUGUGAUCAGUACUGGGUACUCUAUACUGUAAGUACUGUGCCAAUAGACAUAGUUGGGUUUUGUUUUCUGUUGCCAAAGAUACCUGCCAUUUUUGCAGUUAUAAUAAAUAAUAUAAGCCCUAAGGUUUUCAGUGUGAAUCCAAUGCUAGACAUACAUGAACUGCGAGACAAAAUCAUCCUGAAACAAUUUUAUCAUACAACCCUAAUUCCGAAGAAACAAACAUUAUUUGAUGUUUUACUUUGUGAAUUUAAUUUAUUUUUGAAAAUAUACACUCAUUUCAAAUCUGAUGACAGCAACACACUCCAGAAAAGUUGGGACAGUCGACUGUUACCACUGUGUAACAUCACCUUUUCUUUUAAUAACACUUUUGGAUGCUGAAGACACCUUUUGGUUAAGUUUAGCAAGCGGAAUUUUCCCCCAUUCAUCCAUUAUGCAUUUCUGCAGCUGCGCAACUGUAUGGGGCCUUUUGCGCUUCAUAAUGCGCCAUCCAUUCUCAAUCGGAGAGAAGUCAGGACUGCAGGGAGGCCAUGCUAGCACCCGCACUCUCUGCUUACGCAAUAAUGCGCUUGUAAUCCAGGCAGAAUGUGGUUUGGCGUUGUCCUGCUCUGGAUGGCAGCGUAUGUUGCUCCAAAAUGUUCAUGUAUCUUUCUGCAUUAAUGGUGCUCUCACAGAUGUGGAAGUUACCCAUGCCAUGGGCACUGACACACCCCCAUACCAUGACAGGCACUGGCUUUUGGACCUGACGCUGAUAGCUUGGAUGGUCCUAUUCCUCUUUGGCCUGGAGAACACGACGGCUGUUUUGUCCAAAAACUAUUUGAAAUGUUGACUCAUCGGACCACAAAACAUGAUUCCACUGUGCUAUUGUCCAUCUCAGAUGAGACCGAGCCUAGAGAAUUCGGCAGCACUUCUGGACAGUGUUGAUGUUUGGAUUCAGCUUUGCAUAGUAAAGCUUUAACUUGCAUCUGUGGAUGCAGCGGUGAAUGGCGUUGACUGACAGAGGUUUACGAAAGUAUUCCCGAACCCAUGUCAGGAUCUCCAUUACAGACUCAUGACGGUUUUUAAGACAGUGACGUCUGAGGGAUCGGAGAUCACGAGCAUUCAGAAGUGGUUUUCAGCCUCGCCCUUUACACACACAGAUUUGACCGGACUCCUUGAAUCGUUUAAUUAUAUUGUACACUGUAGAAGGUGAAAUGCGAAAAUUCUACCGAUUUUGUCUUUGGGGAAUGUUGUUCUCAAAGUGUUGGAUUAUUCGCUGAUGCAUCUGUUGGCAGAUUGGCGAGCCUCGACCCAUCCUUGCUCUUGAAGGACUAGGCCUUUUUUGGAGGCUCCUUAUAUACUAUGAUUAGACGAUUCCCUCACCUGUUUCACAUCACCUUCUUAUUUUAACUCAUCAUAUCUCUAUUAGUAAUAAAUUGCCCCAUCCCAACUUUGUUGGAACAUGUUGCAUGCAUCAAUUUCAAAAUAAACAUUUAUCUUCAAAAAAAAAAAGCCAUGCAGUUGAUUAGCUAAAACGUCAAAUACCUUCUUUUAUACUUUUUUUUGUUUGUUUAAAUACAAGUCAGAGUACAUUUACAAAUCACUCCUCUUUCUUUUUAUUAGCAUUUUCCAUACCGUCCAAACUUUUUCGGAAUCGGGGUUGUACUUGUUUUUGACUGAAAUAUUGCAGGUAAUGCAAGAUAGCUUGUGCCUAAUACAAUCACCACAGGUGCGUCCAAGGAUGAAUCACAGAAAGGACUGUAGUAUAAAAACUCUGUGUAUUGUUUACCUCCUCUUUGUACAAAUCCUGAUUAAAAAAUAUCCAGCACUACUACUGUUAAGCACGGGAUUGAGAAAGGAGCCAAGAAAUGUGCUAAGUCAGUGUGUAAAAUCAUUCUGAAUGCACACUCACAUUACUGUAUGCUGAGCACACAACCUGAAACAGCAAGUGACACUGUAACCAGCAGUGGGUCUAGCGUGCGCUUUCAUGAACAUCAGCGAAUGACUAUCAAGCUUCUUUUCUAAUAUUACGUAAUGUUUUAAUAAAUAAUAAUCCUAAAAUUAAAUAAAUCAGGGGUGCAUUUUAUUAUAGCUUUAUAUAGCAAUAUUUCCAUAUCUUGUAUAUGACAAAUAAAAUGUGUGUAGAACUUGCCAAUGAAGCCUUCUGUCUCA